GCCAUCAGCCACAACACACGGGAACCUCCGGAGGCCAAGAAGAAGUGACAAAACAGAAAAGAAGCGUUUGAGUGGUGACAAGUCAACAAACAGUCGGAGGACAAUCGGUUGACUGAGGGAUUCCGGAGUGACGUGGGCGCGUCUUGUGGAGGUGGAUGUUCAGUUUUGGACGGCCCAGAAGGUGCUGCCGUUGAACCCACCACUGCCGUGUUGCCCCGGGCCUUGGCUGUUACUUGCAGUAGCAGCGCCCUAAACGCACAGCACCACCUGCACCAUCGAUAUCUCGGACCAGCUGUACGCCAUGGCCGCUAUAAUGGAAACGGCGAACCUUCACACCCCCCGUCGUGGGCUCCAACAACAACGACCACAGCCACAGUCACAGUCCUCCCCCUCGUCGUUUGUUGCGGCAUCGCCCACGCUCUCGAACCCGGACAUGAUAUUGCCCGACGACCCGUACUACGGCCGCGGAAACUCCCCCGACUCCGAGAUAGACGCCCGCAUCCGGUCAAAGUUUAUGAUGUGGAAGGGUGCUGUGACGGCCACUUCGGACUUACACAAGAUGUUCGCCGUCAACUCGGCGCAACUGGGAUACGACCAGCAAAACACAUACGGUUCCUCGGCUGCCUUGACACCCACCACCCCCAUAAUAUACGGAAAUGGCACCAUCCUCUCGGACAUCGGAGAAGUUACCGAGGUGGAGAGCACUGCUGGCCGGCCCUCGCCAACCCGCCACAGAGGUCCGGCUACGCAUAGGAGGAACGACAGUAUCGAUGCCGUGCUCCGGUCAGCUUCACCCGUAACGGGCCAGUCGGGAUUGGCAAAGAGGCUGAAGCCAAGUUUGACCACGCAAAAAGAGAGGAGAAUGAGCACCGAGAGCACCAGCACGAUAACGACCAUAACCAUGGAGGACCGGCCAGCCUUCCUUGCCGACAUCAACAUUGACGAUGCGGCUAGUGUAGAUGAUAGUGUUUUUCAGGGUGACGACGAGGAAAGCAUGGCAUCCUCGUAUGUUGAGGGAACGAUACCUCGAGAUCGGAAUCGCCUGGGAGUUGCGGGGAGUGAGAAUGGUGACAGGUUGUCCACAUACUCGACGACUGCCUUGAGCCGAAGAGCAGAGCUGAUUCUGGCGAAUGCGAAGAAGAGGUUAACCACUAUGGAGGGUAACCUGAGUCGCGCGCGGAGUUCGCUACACUAUACUGCUCCUUCACUUUCAUCCGAUGGCACACCCUCACCCCCUCAACGAACGGCAUCUGCCUCUAACCGGACCAACGGGUCCCGUUCAUCGUCGGCCAACUACUCUGGUCAUACGCGAAUGACUAGCGAUAUCGCGAUGCGGAAUGGGUUGCCAUAUCGGAUAUCCAUUCAAAGAUCGCACAGUGCCAUGAGUUCUCACGGAGGAAAUUCCAGGCAGCCUAUAACAGCAUCGAAAAGCGCGGAGGCCAUCCGAGGAGGCUGGGAAGACGACGCCCACCGUCAGACGUACAAUAUACUAACGGGGAUGACCUUACGACCGGAUGGAACCGCCCCAGGUGACGACGAGAGUCCCAUUCAUUCUUACCAUGGGACGGCUUACGGUAGCGACCAUAGCAGCGGAAGCUCGAGGGAUAUACUCUCCACACCUGCUCCCACGAGUCAAAUGCGAGAUAUCAAAGACCAGAUGAAAGAUCUAAAGGGUAAAAUCUCUAGUUUACGGGAACAGGCUCGGGUCGACAGCAUUAAACGACGGAGCGUACAAAGCCUUAGGACGCCUAGCCCGUUUACUCAUGCUCAAGUCGAUCAGUGGUUUACAGAGACGCCUUCAGCCAGGAACUCUGCUGAAAUCUUCACGCCUGAUUCUGUGCAAAGGAACCCAUGGAACGGCGAACAAGACUCGAGUCUCGAUGGAGAGUACCCAGGAAGCUAUGGACAUCUGCGAGGAAAUUUGGAUAGUGAAGAAGACGAGUCGUACGAGGAGGGCGACAUUUCAGGCACCUCUGACUCAGCAAUCGACCACUUUCCCGAGCCGGCCUCAGCAACUGCGGACAGGAAAAUGUUUCAGGAAGAGGACAACUUUGAUGCGUUUACCGAAAACGGGGACGAGGAAUUCGAGGAUGCGCAAGAGCUCGACGACGAUCAGAUGAGCGUUGGUGGUGAAUCGCUCUAUCACGAUACUGUUCAGCACCAAAUCUCUCAUGAAGACCGCGAGGAUGCAUUCGACUACGAACAUUUCUUCCUACACAGCGCUAUGGGCACCCUAAGCCAACAAGCAAUGGCCAGGCGAGGAAGUGAAACCAGUGAAACCAGUUACACGUCAGAAGACUCGGUCGAAACCACCCGCGGCCCGAUUACCGACGAAAACACGCGCAUGAACGGCGGUGGUAGUGAUAGUAGGAGCAUCAACUUCCACUCUCGAAGCAGGCGGGGCAGCGUUAACUCGAUUUCGACGAUUGAAACGUUCCGGACGGCUCAAGAAGGGCGCCCCAGGAGAUACUACGAAGCCGACGAUUCCAUCAGCGAGGAGGUGUACGAGGAGUACCCCUACGAGGACGAAUACACAGCAGAGCCGGAGAGUGCUGGCAAACGGAAGAGCGCCUCCUUCAGCACAUACACGGGGACCGGCAACAUGCGGGUCGACAGUCGCGCCCGUGGCUCAACAAUAUCCAACAUCAAAAGCUCCAGCACCGGUACCCUCCGCCCCAAUCGGGAAUCAUUCCUGUCAGUCCACGAAGGAGGAGGUGGUCCAGACACUCAGCAGUACUCCGACCCUAACAACAACAACCGCAACAGUGGUCUCUUCGUGCACCGGGGUGUUGAACACCGACCUUCUGUCUCCUCCAUCGGCUCGGCAGGUACAAAUCGCAGUUUUCCCCUGGUGCCGAACAAGCAGCGCAACAGAACAAACACCGCUAGUACAGUCGUGCCGGCUACCUCUAUUAAUACUGCCGUUUCGACACCUGAAACUGUUUACUUGACGCCGGACCAGGAGCUUAGGAGUAUUUCGAGUGUGCUUUUGAGCGAGACGGAGAGCGCUGCUGAUCAACGAUCGGAUUCGAGGACGGGCAUCAGCAAUAAUCUCAAUAAUCCCGCAGCUCUGCAGGCCCUUUUGCGCGAGGAUAAGUUCCUCGUCGAGAGAGUGGUAGCGAGUCUGGGUAAGUGUGUGUUGGGGUUGACGGAGAAUGGGAGGGCAAGCGCGGAGAGUAGGAUGUAUAGGAGGAGGAUUGAUAUGGCGAGAAAGAUACUGGAGGGGUUUGAGGGGGGUGAGGGGGUUCAGCAGUGAAAGAAUCGAGUGUUCUUUGGUUUCUUGGUAUCUCGGCUUCUUGGGAGGUGUUGGUGGUGGCGCAAGCAACGACCGGGCACGAAAAAAGAAUCACAGCGAUAUUUAUACCCAACUUUUUCGAUAUUGGUUUGGUCAGAUCCUUGACGGUUUCUAAUACCUAAUGAGUUCUCGAUCGAGCAGGCGGAUCGGAUCAGUUGGUCAAGGUUUGGUUCGACGAACCCCCAAUGGAUGGAAA